AUGUCCAGUCGCCAGGGUGGAAAGUUGAAGCCUCUCAAGCAGAAGAAGAAGCAGAAUAACGACGUCGAUGACGAGGAUGCCGCCUACAAGGCUAAGAUGAAGGCUGACGCUGCUGCCAAGAAGGAAAUGAUGGCCAACAUAAAGAGCGGCAAGCCUCUAGUGGGUGGUGGAAUCAAGAAGUCGGGCAAGAAGUAA